UUCUUUCCUUGUUCGAGAUCAAACAUGAACGUGUUAGUGACAUUGGUUUGCGAUGGAUAUUACAACUGUGACAAUUAUGAGGAUGAAUCAUCAUGUAAUUAUUCAGCAACAUAUCUUCAGGAAGGCGAAUCACAUAUCAUCGCCUUACCAUUAACCACUACAAGACGAUUGUAUAACGCAACCUUGAUUCAAACAAACGCUACGAAUGGAUUUCAAGUUGUGUUCCAAUAUUUGCGUCUCUCCCGUUAUGAUGAUUUAGUUCAAAUAGGGACUGGUAACGAUCCGUCUGACAUACAAUCUGUCAUCACAACUAUCAAUGGAUAUAGCUCCUAUGCAAAUGAUGUGUAUGUAAAUACCAAUAAGAUGUGGUUUGCUGCCAUAGGAGCAAAGAGAUUCCCCAGUCUUCGAAUGGACGUUGAGAUUAUCUCUAUUGACCUAUCAGAUUUCUUUCCUUGUUCGGGAUCAAACAUGAACGUGUUUGUGACAUUGGUUUGCGAUGGAUAUUACAAUUGUGACAAUUAUGAGGAUGAAUCAUCAUGUAAUUAUUCAGCAACAUAUCUUCAGGAAGGCGAAUCACAUAUCAUCGCCUUACCAUUAACCACUACAAGACGAUUGUAUAACGCAACCUUGAUUCAAACAAACGCUACGAAUGGAUUUCAAGUUGUGUUCCAAUAUUUGCGUCUCUCCCGUUAUGAUGAUUUAGUCCAAAUAGGGACUGGUAACGAUCCGUCUGACAUACAAUCUGUCAUCACAACUAUCAAUGGAUAUAGCUCCUAUGCAGAUGAUGUGUAUGUAGAUACCAAUAAGAUGUGGUUUGCUGCCAUAGGAGCAAAGAUAUUCCCCAGUCUUCGAAUGGACGUUGAGAUUAUCUCUAUUGACCUAUCAGGUGAGUUUGUGAUGAUAUUAUAUUAUCUUUUAUGUUGGAUAUCACUGCAUUUUCAAUGUUACGAUCCUUGCAUCCAACGAAACCCGUGCGUCUAUGGUGACUGUCGUCCCAUUGGACAAGGACAGUACAAGUGUGAAUGCCAAGAUCAUUAUGAUGGGAUCCAUUGUGAUGAACCAAGUCCUAUUUGCCAGAAUAUGACAUGGAUUUCUCCUCGGUUUGAAAGAGUCGAAUUCCCGGUAGGUGGAAACGGAACAUGGGCAAAUUCAACAGGAAUGUGUCCAUUCAACACUUCUCAAGCCAAUGAACCCAUCGGACGGGCUCUGUGUAUCGGCGAUGGUAUUACCCAGACCCAGUGGCGACCCGUGGAUAAUUGCGGACCAUUUAGAACUGUCACAGAUAUUCUCACCGAAAUGUCACAGGUAAUCAUAAGUGAGGAAAACGCCGAUGAAGUGAGCCAGCAAGUAUCAUCUGUUACUUCCAACAUCGAAGAUAUCACAUCAGAUGACAUCAUGUUUGUGGCAGAGAUAACAUCAAACAUUGUGCAGCAGAAUCUUACAACUGAAGAGGUAACAGAGUCUAUAACGAGUAUUGCGAGCAAUAUUGCUCAGGUAAAAACAGAGGAACUUGAAGCCGCUGAGGGAGAAGGUGGGGCAAUAAGUAAAUUCAUCCAGGCUUUUGAGGAACAAAUCAGUCGUGUUGAGGUAGCCGAUGGUGGGAUGCUCAACAUUCAGCAGCCAAAUGUAGCCGUACAGGUCCGAAGUGUACUUGCUGACGACUUGAUGCGUGGUCUCGUGCUUUCGCUAGCUGGAUCCAGUCUUUCAGACCUGACCAAGUCCAAUAUUACCAUUAAUGCUCCAACCCAAGAUGACCGCGAUGACGUCAUUGCUACCAGACCAGACAUCAUCGCUCAGGUCAACAUUCCACCUUCAAUUUCAUCCGUCAUUUCGUCCACGGCCCUACUCUCAGGAUCGCCUUCAAAUGGCAGUGGUGAAUACGUCCGGGUCAUCUUCAAUGUAUUUUCAACUCCAACCCUGUUCAUUUCUAAAUCAUUGCGCACAAUUAGUGCAGAUAAUGAAGGCUUUAAUCGAUCGGCUAAUUCGCCCGUGAUCUCUCUCAGUAUUGGUCAAGGAAAAGUAGCAGCCUUGACCGAAUCCAUCAACUUUACCUUCACUACAAUAAAGUCUGGAUACAUGAAUCCCAUGUGUUCAUUCUGGGAUGAGGUGGAGGAAGAUUGGUCCCAGGAUGGAUGUGUUCUUGUUUCUGGAUUCGCAUCAACUGAUGAUGAGCGCUAUGAUGAGGAAGGCGUGCGCUGUGCGUGUGAUCAUCUUACCAACUUCGCUGUUAUAAUGGAUACCCACAGACAGGAGGAUUCAUUAAUUGAGACAAACAACAUCCUGACUUACAUUGGAUGCUGUAUUUCUAUCUUCAGUCUUCUUGUCACAUUGGCAACCUACCUGUGGAACAAGGAUUUGAGGACCAAACAGCCUAACCAGAUCUUCAUCUGUCUGUGCCUGACCCUGCUGUGUCUCUACACGACAUUUGUCAUCAUGAUCUCUCUGGAUUCUAUCAGAGGUUAUCGUGAGGUCCAAGCUGGACCCUGUGGUUUCCUGACGGCCCUAGUUCACUUCUUCGUUUUGUCCUCCAUUGCAUGGAUGGGUGUGGAAGGGUACAAUACCUACAUCAUCAUCAUUGUGAAGAUUGUUAACACCUACAUCCAGAAUUUCAUGAUCAAGGCAUCUUUAGCUGCAUGGGGAAUUCCUGCUUUCAUCGUGGUUCUUACCGGAGCUAUUGCUAGAGGCUCUUAUGCUCAUGAUGAUCUAUGCUUUCUGCAAUUCUGGGCUCAAAUUGGUGGUCUACUGAUUCCCAUGUCCAUCAUUCUCCUUAUCAACAUUGUCAUCUUCAUCCUGGUGGUUCGAAAAGUGCUCCGGUCAGCCAAUAUCGCUGGUCAAGUUGAAAGAGAGGCUACGAUAGAACGUCGAGAGACUAUCGAACGCGUUCAGAACGCGAUCUGCAUCUUGUUCCUGCUCAGUCUGACCUGGGUCACCGGAUAUCUUCUUUUGAUCCCAUUAUUCAGUCAGGUGGCUCAGCCGAUUUUCGUCGUUCUUAACUCCUUCCAAGGAUUUUUCAUCUUUCUACUCUACUGCGUCCGGAAGCCUCACAUCCGUAAGCAAUUGCGGCUAACUUGUUUUGACAAGUUCCUAAAGAAAGAAGCAAGCACUUCCAGCGGUGUGCCUACGAAAGACGACAAUUCCGAUCCUGUGUGUAUGUUCAACCCGACCUAUGAUGCUAGCCAGGUUGAGGAAAGGGUCACACCACCUAUGAACAAAGAUAUCCAAAGUUCCACCGAGGAACAGAAGAAGGACACGGAUCGGGAUGCAACAGGCACUGAUGUCGGGACGGUAAGUCUCCAUAUUGAUGCAUCUGUCACAAAAUCCACUAAGAGAGAUGAUGAUGUUUCCUCCAUCACGGAUGAUGAAACCCUCAGUGCUACUGUCGAUUCAACUGAUGUCAGGAAAGCUACUGAGGGCACCGAUGAUGUUGCUUCCACCAACAAUGAUGCUGCUGCAGGUCUCCCUAAGGAUGCUGCGGAUGGCACCAUCCACAAUGAGAGGAGUGAUGAUGAUGCUUCUGCAUCAAGUGAUGCUUCCGUCAAUCUUCCAAUUGAUUCAACGGACGUCAGCAAAGGAAAUUAGAGCAGUGACAUAGAUGCCAGGGGCACUACCGAUUUUGCAACGGCCACUUGCUCAGUUAAGGUUUUGACUGUAGCGAUGCAUUCAUUCUUACUGAUUAAAAAAAUGCUUAUUCAUGUAAGCCACAAGAAGGUCUUAUUAAGAGAGCAUGAUCUAAUAUAUUGGCAUACUAGGCAGGGAAGGGGUGGGCUGGGCAUCAGAUGACCCGCCCCCCCCCCCCCCCCCUUUCCCUAUAAUUUUCAAUUACAAAUAUUCCGUUAAAAAAAUGUUCGAGUACUGUGUGAUCAAUUUGUUAUGUUAUUAUCUUUAUUGUAUUUCACAUUUAUAUGUAUGGUAGAUUGUCGAAGUAAUCAUGGUCAUAAUGAUUAUUGUGUAAUGAUACUUUGUGGUGUAUUACUCAGAGAAGAGGUCUUUUCAUUGUCUUAAAAACUAUAAUGAUGAUAAUGAUGGUACGAUGGUUUUAUUUUUCAAUUCUUCUUAGUCAUUUUUAGUCAUGACUUAAUUUAUAUCAAUAUUUCUAUUGCGAAACGAAAUUUGACAACAAAGGUUGCAUAGCUUAAAUCGAAGUUCCGAAAUGGCUGUCCUUUUUUAAAAACAUUUUGGCAAAGGUUGAAAGAAUUUUUUCCGUCAGGAAUCGAUUCGGGUCACUCGCUUAGAACGCUAAUGCCUUAACCACUAGACCACAGAGACGGGCCAGUGGCUGCGGCGACACACGGUUUAAAUUGACCGACAGAUUGCUCAAUCUCGAACCUUCAUUUAUUAAUUCUUUUGCUGGGGGCCGCAUGACUCAGCUCGAGGCGAAUGCCUUUAGAUACACGUAUAAGUUAGAAAAAUUGUAAACAAAUGUAAGAAAAUAACCUACACAACCGCUUUGGCAAAUCUCUUGGAAAGAUAUAUAAUCAUGUAUAUGUAUAUAUAUGUUUGUGUGUGUGUGUUUGUAUAUAUAUAUAUAUGUGUGUAUUGAACCAUGAACUAAGAUCAAGUUCUACAAUUAACAGAUUUAAAUCAAUGUACAACAAAGGUAUUUUUCAAAGAAAGAUAUCCAUGGUUGAGUAGGUAUUUCUCUUUUCCUUCUUUCUUCCACUUGUAUUUAAUUCGAAACCUUCUUUAUGAAUGUGUAAAUGUUUGGUGCAUGGUUUGGUCGGUAUGUGCGUGUUUGUUAUAUGCAAGUCUUUUACUUUUAAUUAAUUUUGUUCAUUAUUUUGUUCUUGUUUGUUAAAGGGCCCCGAUCACAAGCAAAACUCUGCUUCCUAGGGAUCAUAAUCAUUAGAUUGUAUAUUGUCAUUUUAAAUUGUUUUAUAAAGGUUAAAAAAAGAUUUAGAUUAAAUGUUUACAUAUAAUUGUGUGUAGUAUGUAUAUAUAUAUAUAUAUAUAAAUCCUGCGGCGGUUGACGACAUAAUAUACAGUCAAGUGAAGAAUAUUAUAAUGAAAAAUCGUAGGAUAUACAAAAUAUACAAAUUUUCGGCUUUAAACCUUUGUCAAGUAAUGACAAAUUUAUCCAAAACCAGCUUUCUUACAAACUUAAAAUAUAAUCUCUACGGUUGAUGCCUCUUUUAAUACAUGCAGUCCUUGAAGUUACCUUGUUGCUCCAUGAUUAUACUGUUUAUAUCGUUUCAUGAGGUUUUAACUUUUAAUAUCUUAGUAGAAAUUGAUUUCACCGGUUUUACUCGGAAAGUGUACUUUAUUCUAAAAAAAUCGUUGUAUUCGUUACUGAUUUUGUUAAAGUUUAAACUUCAUUGUUCAGGAUGUCCCUGAAAAAAAGGAGACAUAAAUGUUUCAUUAAACUACUCAAAAUUCGUUGGUUAAUCUUCAUACAGCUGUAUUCAAGGUUAAUUGUCUCUAAGCCCUCUACGUUAUAACCUACACGAAUUGAUGAGGAAAUAUCAUGUAAUAAACUUACAGGAACGUACAUAAUGCAAGACAUAAAGACAAAUUGACAUGUGACGACAUUAAUAAUCACAAGAGAAAUAUCUGUUUCCAUUUACUGUGUGCAAAGUAGGUCUUUAGGCUAGCCUUAAAGGUAUUCAAAUAAAGGACGAUAAUAUCAGGCGUAUGAGUAUCGAUAAAUAAUAUUCCCAAAUCAUUCGUCUUUUAAAAACAACUAUCCUCGACUUGUUUUCUGUCAAUGCCCCUUCAGACCGUCUGAAGUCAGCCAACUGUGAUUUAAUAAUCCUAUUCUUAUUGUCAUUAUGAUUAAAAGGAAUAUGAGCUUUUCAUUGAUGUAUAUGUGAGGUGGUCGAGAACUCGAAAUCAAUGACAGACAGAUCAUACAUACAUGUACAUCGCAUUUCUCUUUCCUUUUCCAUUUGGUAAGCAGAGUAAUCCAACUAAUCAAUAGCCAUGAACACGUGAGAGGCUUCCUCAGCUAUGAUUGGUCAGCGAGAGCUGGAGGGCGAAAGUGUUUCUUUCGUUCUUUUCGUCACCGGCUUCUCGUGGUCACCAACGCCGGACAUGCUGAUUGGCUGAAUGGCCUUUGCGACGGCAGGAGGGCGGGACGUGUUUUGAGACAAGUCUCGUCCCCAGCUGGUCCUAGACACUUCAGUUGAUCGAGACAAAUGGCACCUGUGAGAUGGCCAAGCAAAGAGUCUUUAUUAGUAGUAACCAGUAACAGACACAUUACAUAUCACUAAUGCCGAUAAUCAUGGAGAUCAUGCAUUCCC